ACUGGUCCCUUAUUGGGUGUUGUACGCGCUAAGUAAACCCAUUUGACUUAAGUUUUCUGGUUAUAAGUUCUCUGGAGAUGUCGCCAUUUUAAUGUGGAACUUAGCGGUGACACAGAACCAUAACCUUAAAAAGCGGCAUUGCAAAAACAGCUGUUAUAAAGGCGCAAAUAAAUAGUUUAUUCCGGCAUUCUACCAAGGCAUCUUUCGGUUACCAUUUUAAUCGUCGAAAAGAAACUAUUUACAUUUGCUGUAAAAAUCAAAAAUAUACAAUGCGGUGUUUGCAAAACUAUUGCGAUUCACCCAACAAAUUGGUGGAGCGCUCUUUGAGUAUGCAUCUGCGUGCCAAAAAUGCAAAGUAUAGUCUGCGUUGGGGCUGCGUCAAUGUGUUGUUAUUAGCCAUACUCCUAUUUGAUAUAUCAAAUCAAUGCCCAUUUAGUCGCUCUAAAUGGUAUUAUGUGGAGUACGUUGCUGCCGUGUUAACGGGACUUGGCGCAUUUUCCUGUUUCCUCAAAUACUUUUUAUACAUUUUCCAUAAGGAUCCCAUAGUGGGCACAAAAGAACAGAAGAAUUUGCUGAAAUUUGAUGAUGGCGAUUCGUCUUUUCUGGUCUCACCACCGGCGGAGAAGAAAAAAGAGCGUUGCGAAGAUUUAGCACCGAACCUAAUAAAUAACACAUUAUUGAGUUGGCAUUCAUCUUUUAAUGAUUCUCGUGCUGGAAUGUCGCACAAUUGGAGUUAUAGUCGCACUACCCCGCCUCGUAGCAGUUUCAGUCCACAGCAGCAACAGCAACAACUUAAUGCUUCGUGGAAUUCCCCAAUGAGUAAUCGUUCAAUGGUGCUCGGUGCUAACAAUAGCUCCAUGAAUAAUACCAAUUCCUUUGUAGAGUCUUACCCGAAAUACAAACGUGAUGAGUUGAUAACUGAUGAAGAGAGUUUGAAACAAUAUUUGAAAGAAUUCUCCAUACAUGAGCAAAGUAUGAACGAGACAGCGGAUUUAAGUCAACAUUAUAAUACCAGCUCUGUCAACUCGUUUUGGAAUUAUUGCAAUACUGCUGCUAACAUGCUCAAGACCUCCAUUUACCAAUUGGCGCCAAUGACGACGCCUUCUACGCCUAGUAAACAAUCAGCUACGGAAGAUGGUGGCCUUAAAUUUAUGGAUCACAACUCGGAAAUCAUUAGGCGUAUUUCUUCCGAAAAACUGUCACAAUAUGUGGCCAACUUGAGAAGAUGGAUGUCUGCUACCAUUUUGGAGCGUUUGUCUAAGGAAAUCAAAAAUAUUGAUGAAUCUUUUAAAAAUCGUGGAUUUGCGGAUAUGCGUAUGGGUGGCAUUAGCUUGGAACGGCUUAAGAAAACAGUUGAAAACCAACAAUUUGUUAAUCAGUAUAUGCCAAUGCUGCCUUUGAUACUACCAUUUUUGGAAAUGUCCAGCAAUCAGGAGUAUUUGGUGCAGCGUAUUAAAGAUUUAGCAGAAGGCUCUUGCAUUGCGGAUUAUCGUUGGAACUCUGGCGCUGCUUAUCACGGCUUAAAGUGGGAUGAGCAUCUACCCACCGAUGCAGCUAUACUGUUUCACAUUUUCUGUGUUUAUAUGGAUAGUCAACUUAUGCCACUACCACAAGGUGGCGGCCGUCCAUUCUUCAGCCGCUAUGUAAUUAUGGGCAAGGAAAAGCGUUCAGCCAAAGAGACCAUGGCGCUAGUUCAAAAUAAAGCACACUGUGCUAUACUCUGCACGAACCCACAGAAACCGCGUUUCAAUUUUAUAAGCGAUAAGGAGAUACACACCUGCGCGUAUGAUCGUAAUAAUCUCUUCUAUGUAGUUAUACAAUUUUUAAUUUACAUGAAGACACAUCAUGAAGGUGCAUUGGAAGGUGUAAAUUUGGGUAAAAGUGGCGUCAAUAUUUUAUGCGUCAUCGAUGGUUGAAGCGAAUCUAAGUAAUUUUCUACGCCUAUUAUGAAACACAUGCACUUACAUCUAGGUAUAAGUAACUAACAAUACAACCUUUAAUUUAAAGUAAUUAAAUAAGACUUGACAUGUGGUGAAUAUAAGUUCACUGCUCUCCUAGGUUUUAAGAGUUAAGUCAAUUUAAUGUUUAUUGAAUGUAUCUUAAACUAGCUAUACAACAAUUUCUAAUUGAUGAAACAAUUUCAUAAGCAGAAAAUAUACAUAUACAUAAAUAUAAACA